AAAGGCAGUGACAAAGCUGAAAAUGUUGAGCUACGGCCUUUACAGUCGCUCGUUUGCAGCGAAAAAUUCGGUCACGUGAUAUGUAGCGAUAAUGCUCAAAAUGUUGAGGUUUGCCGCUGCAAACGAGCGACGAGCGACUCAUGAGGCUACGCCUUAAUGAGGGUUUUCUAAAGCUGUCAACGUUAGAUGGCAGCACUGAGGCGUGUGGUCCAAUGAACUGUCAAAAUACAUACAAAUAGUAAUUUCCUGUAUAUUAGUUGAUUUCUGUACUAUUUGUAUUUAAUCAGUACUUUAGGAAUAUUGUGUUUUAUAAUGCCACAGUGUUGUGCAGUGCCUAUGUGUGCAAAUAAAACAGGAGGGCAUAAGUUUCCUAUGCGUGAUAAAAGCCGAUUGAAACAGUGGCUUGUAGCCGUACGCAGGGAUAAAUUUACUCCUUCGCAAAAUAGUCGCGUUUGUAAAAACCACUUCACGGCUGAUGAUUACGAGCUACCAAAGGACUCAGUAUUGGAAAAACCCAGACCUGUGUUGAAAAAAACUGCAGUACCAAGUCAGUUCCCAUGGAGUGAAAAAAGUUCAAGUCAUCCAAAGAAAAAGGUGCGGAAUCAAAGACGUUUGGCGCGAAAUGAAAACAAAAACCGUGUACAAGUACUUUUUAAAGAUGAAACAACGAAGGAUGACACUUCCCUCCUACAUACUUACUGCGAAGUGGAAAAUGAGUUUGAGGAAAAACAGAGAGAAACUGGAGUUAAAUGUGAUUCAGGCAAAGGUAGUCCAAUAAAGAAAGAAGUUUCGAAGAAAAAUGAAUCUCCGUUAGAGUCAAACGAAAACCAUGCAAAAGAGAAUCAGCCGAUUGAAAAUAAGAAACUCAGAGACAGAUCUGUUAGGUUAAGAAAUAGGAAAGCAUUUUUGGCAAACCGAAAAUGUUCCGUUCCGCAAUGCAACACGAGGCCUUCGAACGAGGUCUCCCUUCAUCAGUGCCCGAACAACGCAGCCGUCAGAGAUGAGUGGGCCGAGGCCCUUAAAGUUAGCAGACAGUGCAUAAAGAACUUAGUGGCAUGCAGUUUACAUUUUGCCAAAACUGAUUUUGUUCAAUCAAAAUCGGCCGGCAGUAGAGUGCUCAAGCCAAAUGCGGUACCUUCCCGCAAUCUUCCUCAGAGAAAGAGGGUGGUAGUGCCCGUGAAGGAGAAACCGCCAAAAAAAACAUUUAAACCAUCGGACAGGCCGAAGACAAUGAGCGACCAGGGUGAUGGAGAUCCCGAUGUACAGGAAGAGAAUCUUCAGGAAUGUCGAGCCUGUCUUAAAAAGUUGGAUGAUAAAACGAGUACCUGCAAUGUUUUUCAAGCUUGGUCCCUGUCUUGGACCGGCAUGGAGGCCACCAUAGCCGAGGAUUUAGCCAAAUUAGCGAAUGUUGAAAUAUCAGUAACAGAUAGACACUCUAAGGUUAUAUGCUCACCAUGCUACCAAAGCUUGUUAAGUGCAGCAAAAUUUGCUGCAAAUGUACGUAGCUGUGAUCUACUGCUACGGCAAAGGUUCACAGACGAAAUAGACAUGGAAAGAGUGUGGCCCAAACCAAUACAAGUUGAUAAGAAUUUAAAUGGAUCCGUAUUCACGAAUACAUUGGAUGUGGAGAUAAAACAAGAGGUCUUGUCCGAUGAGGAACUGACCGAUGCAUUUAAUGCUAGUGGAGCAGAAAAUGCUUAUGUAGAGACUGAGUUAUCCAAUUUGGAUAUUAAGAUUGAGCCUGAGGAGAUGGUUGAACCACCACCGAUGAACAUUACUAUUAAUGGAACCAUAUCAUUAAAUCCAUUAAAUUCUGAAGCCAAAGCUUUGACAAAUGGCACAGAUAUUUAUCAUGAUAAUCAGUUAUUAGAGGUAGCUGUUAAACAAGAGCCCAUAAGUGAGGAGGAAGAAUUGGAACAAGGAGUGCCGUUAGAGUGUUUAUUAUGUACUAAGUCAUUCAAGAGUGUCUCCGGACUCAAGGCACACGUGAUAGCCCAACAUUCCUAUAAGUCAGUGAAAAGAAAGUCAGAUGGCAGUGUGUCACCAAUGAAGAAAUGCAUUGACAUAUAUCAGUGUAUGAUAUGUAGGCGGAGUUUCAAAACCCCGACCGACCUGAUGGUGCACGAGACAUGUCACAACAAGCACUCGUGCUACGGCUGCACCAAGAAAUUCGACUCGUUCGAGCAGCUCACGCGGCACAGGAAGCUGUGCAGGGCCUUCACUAAGGCCAUGCCAAGAGUUAGAACACUGGAGGAUGUUAAAAGAUCUCUGCCCGAACCGCAGCCGUUGAUCGAGGAAGAAGAGACCUUAGUAGUAGAAAUUGAAAAUAGAAUAGAAAUACCAAUAGAGGCUGAUAGUGAAAUGAAAGAUGCUACAAGUGACAGUAUACAGGGUGCAGAGCCAAAACAAGACGACGAAACCUUAUUGGUAGAAAUUAAGGAAGAGGUCGAUAGCAAUAUGAAACUGCAUCUAGAAAUACAUUCGGCUGAGAGUGAGAAGGAGAAAGAGAUGGCUGACACUGAUAUGCAAGUAGAGACACUCACGAAUGAUGAUAGUUAGAGCGCUUUGGACAUUACCGUCCUACAGUCAUGAGGUCUUAUUCGGUAUUUACAUAACUAAUGUUCAAUUACAUAGUGAGCCGUUGAUUGAGCGAGCGUAAGAUUGUAUUACAUGUUCAUACUUUAGGGCGAAGCUUAAGGCUUAACAACACUGCGUUACGACGAAGCUAAACAUGUAUUUGGCAUUUAUUCACACGUAUAUGUCUUGUAAUGGUUGUGCAACUAAGUUUUUUAUUAUGAUUCGUCAAAAAGCGGUGUUGCUGCGCGCCCUUGCCGAAGAUACGUGUAAUCAUUACGUCAUUGAAACACACUCUUAAAGCAGGUCGGUAUUGUGAAAGCAAGACGUAACUAUAUGCAGUGUGCAUACUGUCUCGAUUUAUAUCAGCAUUGAUCCUGUAAGUGCAGUAAAGGAACAGUUCCACCUUUUAUUUGUUAACUUAUGUAAAGAGGUUUUAUAUUUAAAUGAUACAACCCGACUAGUUUCGCCUCCUACCGCCGCGUCAGCUCGUGAAAAGACUCCGCUUGGGUCCGGUGUAUCAUUUAGGUACAGUUCUACUUAUUAUAGACUCGAUUCAGAACUGUUUUAAAAUAUUAGUCGUAAGACAUAAAAUAAAUUUGAGUCUAUCCCUAGUGCGAUUUCUUAUACUUUGUUUAUUAGGUCCAAAAAGGUAUCCAAACAUGGUGUGUUCUUUUGUCAAAAAAACUCAGUUCAAAAAUAAAAACCCAAUUUAAAACUACAUUAAAGAUAACCAAAUCAAAUAUAAAAUACUUUUAACCAUUUAAUUAUAUGUGUUUGUAGAAAGGACACCAAGAUUGUUAUGAAAUGUAGUUAUUCUAUUUGUCUGCUUAACAAGAUUUUAGGACUAAUUGGUUGUUUUCACCUAAACAUUUUAUAUUAAACACUUCAAUUCUGUUAUAUUGGUUCCAAGGCCAACUUCGGCCGGUAACAAUAAUCGAGUUCACCCUAAUGAAAAAAAUUUGUAAGAACCAUUAAAGUUGUACUUUGUAAUUCAACUUAAAUCGCCAAAUAGCAUUUUAAAACUUCUCGUCUUAGAAGAUAUUAAAGAAUAUUUUUGUAGUAAAUUGCGAACAAACUUAUAUAUGCUUGUUAUUGCAAAUAUCACAAAGAUAUAAUAAUAUAUAAUAUGUAUAAAUACCGUCGGAUUAAGGCGCUAUCCAACUAGCGUUUUAGUGAGCGCUAUCGUUUCUCUUCCGCUCAGCCCACGCUGACAGACCGGGACGUCAAGACUGCGUAAACUUGGUUUAUCGUUUAUAACGUUCUUGCAUGGCGUCACAUUUUCGCUCCAGUGUCGCGUAGGGCAUGUGGCUCCUCAGGCAGUCGAAGGGGCCUGGGGUAUUUUUGGUUCGCGAAAGUCCGACAUAUCUCCACGCCGUGAAAUCGGCGUGGGUUGAAGUCAUUGGCGUUUCACCCUGGAAGAAAUGGGCAGCACUGGCGCAGCACAGUGUUGAAAGGCCCCAACGACCAUAAAACGCUAGUGGGAAAUCAAAUGGUCAUAUUUGUUCAGAAACAUAUUUACCUCGCAAAGUUGAAUAAUAUAAUAGGGAUAUUAUUUCAAGUUUCUGUUCAUGUUUUAACUGUCUAAGACCUAAAUCAGUAUGAAAUAAGGUCGAAUUUUAAAUUAAAUGUACAUUUAAAUUGAAUAAUCUACUGGCUUUUUAAUUUGGGGCAAGUCAGUCGCGUCAGUACUUAAAGUAUCGUCAUUGAAUAAUGUUUUUCAUGCCCACUGACGCCUGUUUCUAGUACAGUCAAUAACAAAAGUGUGUCAACACAAUGAAUUUAUUAAGAUCCUGAAUAUGAAAUAAGAUAACUUAGUAUUUAGACUGAAAAAAACUUGAAGCAACGUUCUACAAAAAAACUUGUCGAACAUCAAGCAUUUUUAGCAGUCCGUGAAUUUGUGUUAUCAAACUUUUGGUGCUGACCAUACUAGUAAUCUUAAAUGUAAACCAAUGAUAAAAAAAUGUUCUCUACCAUUAUCCAUUGUCUAUCAAUCGUAUAAUAUGUUACGUCACUCAUCUGUAAAUUGUCAUGAUUUGUAAAUAUUUUGUGAAUCUUUUAGGUUAUGAUUAUGUGAUGUAUGAAAUAAUGGUUCCCUGUAAAAUAUAUUGUUGUAUUACUCUAAAU